GAUAUCUGAACGGACAGGGUGUCGCCUCGAUUGUUUUCAUUGUAUCGCCAGAUUUUACGAAGAGAAAUAAGGAAGAACCAAAGAGCAGAUGGACAAGAAAACGAACUCUUGCUCCUCAGAGGAGGAGAAAGUAAUGAUGAAGCAGGACAAAGAUGAAGAGGAGAGAGGCAUGUGGGGGAACCAAUGCGAGUUUUUCCUUUCUUGCCUUGGAUACGCGGUCGGCUUCGGCAACGUGUGGAGGUUCCCCUACCUGGCCUACAAGAAUGGUGGAGCGGCAUUCCUGAUCCCUUAUUUCACCAUGUUGCUGUGCGCUGGGUUGCCACUCUUCUUUAUGGAGCUGGUGCUGGGACAGUACACAAGUUUAGGACCCAACAUAAUCUUCCCCAAGAUGACACCAAUCCUUACGGGGAUCGGCUGGGGAAUGAUAAUAGUAUCUGCUCUCGUCACCAUCUAUUACAACGUCAUAUUGGCCUGGGCACUGUUUUAUAUAUUCGCCUCCUUCACCAGCGAGCUGCCUUGGACCGGCUGCCACAAUGACUUCAAUACUCCAGAGUGUUAUCUACUGCAGGAGAAUAAAGUGUGCAAGAAUAUGACUAUGUUUUACUACAAUCAAUCGUGCCUUGAACCAGAAGCAUACUGUGGCUUGGUGAACCUUGCGUCUUUCAAUGAUUCACAUUGUUUUGACCCAAAUGACAACGACAGUUUAGUGGUCGCUGAUGGAGCUGUGCGCCGACUAACUCCGAGUGAAGACUACUACAGGAACCGCGUGUUGCGUGUGACAGGCAAGACAUGGAAGGACAUGGGUGGGAUGCAAUGGGAGUUGGUGGGGUGUCUGGCGGUGGCUUGGCUCUUAGUCUUUGCCUGUAUGGUCAAGGGCAUCAAGAGUUCCGGCAAGGUUGUUUACUUCACCGCCCUCUUCCCCUACGUCGUCCUCAUCAUUCUCUUCGUCAGAGGUAUCACGCUUGAGGGAGCCAGCCUGGGAAUAGAUUAUUACCUUCUGAAGCCUGACUUGUCACGCCUGGCGGACUCAGAGGUGUGGAGUGAUGCUGCUAUUCAAAUUUUCUUUUCUUUUGGGCUUUCCUUUGGCGGGCUCAUUACUCUGGCUUCGUACAACAAAUAUGAAAACAACUGCAUGAGAGACGCCAUCGUGAUCUCGUUGGCCAACUGCUCGACAUCGGUGUUCGCUGGUUUCGUCAUCUUCAGUAUCCUGGGAUUUCUAGCUCAUGAACUGGGCGUGGAGGUUGAGGACGUGGUGUCGUCAGGGUCUGGCCUGGCCUUCGUGGUGUACCCUGCCGCCGUGACGCGCAUGCCUGUGGCGCCCCUCUGGUCCCUGCUCUUCUUUGCCAUGCUCAUCACCCUCGGCCUUGACUCUCAAUUCACGACGGUAGAGACUGUGACCACGGCUAUUUUAGACCAAUUCCAUUCCCUGAGGUCACGGAGGCCGCUGGUGGUGGGCGUGACGUGUCUCCUACUCUUCUUCAUGGGCCUCACUAUGUGUCUAGAGGGCGGCGUGUACAUGUUUGAACUCUUCUUCUUCUACUCCUCCGGCCUUUCCGUCAUCAUUCUGUCGAUAACUGAGAUUGUGGCAGUCCAAUAUAUCUAUGGUUUUAGGAACUUUUUCCGACACAUUACUGAAGACAUGGGCAUCACUGUCCCCAGACCACUGUAUGCCUACUGGCUCCUGACCUGGUGCGCGGUGACUCCACUGGUGCUCCUGGCCAUCCUGGUGUUCUCAGUGAUCUACUUCGUCCCAGCUUACUGGGAUGACUACGUGUUCCCGCUGGAAAUACAAGUGCUCGGGUGGCUCAUCCUCUUCUCCACUGUCAUCAUGGUACCGCUGGGGAUGAUCUACGCCCUAAUGACGAACUCAGGGUGCAGGAAAGAUUUGCUUGUCCCUACCCCAGACUUCUGCCCGGCUCAUGUAAGGCAAGAGAGGAGGCGCGGCCAGGUGAACAGUGCAUGUGUCAACAAUGACGCUCCUGUGGUCACACUUCAUCUUUAAUGGAGCUUGGCAUGGCAUCAGUACAGUUAUUAUUGUUUAAGUAAACUUGCACUGUAUCUUUGUUGAGAAUAAGUGUUCACUUGUUCGAACCAAAUGUAAUCUAUAAAGGAGAGGGUUGGGUUUGUUUCUUACUACUAAUGCUGUCAAUUAUUACUUAUAAUACUAUUACAAAUAUAACAACUAUUGGAACUACCAUUAGUAUUCUUGUAAAAGUACUACUGCUAUUACCAAUACAACUACAACCACCAGUUUUUACUAUAAACUAA